AUGGGCGGCCGCGGGACCCCGCUGUGUGCGGCCCCGCCUGCGGUGGCCGAGGGCGGCCCGGCUCGGGAGCCGCCGCCGCCGCCGCUCGAGGUGUCCGCGCGCCAGGGGCUGCCGGCCGGGCCGGAGCAGGAGCCCCGCGGCAGCCGCCCUGCGCCCGAGGGCGCCGGGCCGGGCCCCGAGCAGGGCCCUGCGGCCGGCGGAGGCAGCUGGUGCCGCCACUGCCACGCGAAGCUGGUGGAGCUGAAGCGGCAGGCGUGGAAGCUGGUCAGCGGGCCGGGGUCAGCGCUGCGGGACCCUCGCCUCUCUGCUCUGCUCCUGGACAAGCUCCCGGCGCCUGGGGCCCCGCCCGCCUGCUCCCUGGAGGCUGAGAGCCGCUGCGGUGCCUGCUCUACCCGGCUGCACCAGCUGGCCCAGGAGGGCCUGCCCCUACUCCAGGGCCCCGACGCCGCCGGUGGCAGCCCUGGCCUCACGCCCCCCAACUCCGGUGCCGAGACCAGCCGGAGGGACACAUCCGGGCCGGCGGCCCACGCAGGGCUGGAGCGGCGGAAGGGGCCGGCCUGGCCUGGCCCUAGCGUCCAGGUGUCGGUGGCACCCGCGGGCCUCGGCGGGGCGCUGAGCACCGUCACCAUCCGGGCCCAGCAGUGUCUGGAGGGCACGUGGAGCGUGUCCAGGGCUGGCAGCUUCCUGCCGCCCAGCUGCCUGGCCGAGGCGGCCGUGGCCGCAGUGGCGGUGGCUGACACUGUCCGAGAUGGCGCGUCCCUGGCAGGCCCUGAGGGUGUGUCCAAGGCGUGGGGCCAUGCAGGGGCCUGCACGUCGGCGCUGGUCACCCCGGUCGGGGGCUCCACGGGCCCAUCCACUGCAGCCUCCUUCUUCAUAAGGGCUGCUCAGAAGCUCAGCCUGGCCGCCAAGCGCAGGAAGGCCCCCCCGCCGCCCGUCCCCUGUGCCCGCGGAGCCUCCGCCUACCCCACGGACUUCAGCGGGGUCCUGCAGCUGUGGCCGCCCCCGGUGCCACCCUGCCUGCUCAGGGCGGCCUCCAAAGCCAAGGACAGCCCUGGCGGCCUCGGGAAGGUGAAGGUCAUGCUGAGGAUCUGGCCGGCCCAGGGGGCCCAGCGCUCGGCCGAGUCCACCUCCUUCCUGAAGGUGGAUCCGCGGAAGAAGCAGGUGAUCCUCUACGACCCGGCGGCCGGGCCCCCGGGCAGCGCCGGCCCCCGGCGUGCGGCCACUGCCGCUGUCCCCAAGAUGUUUGCCUUUGAUGCCGUCUUUCCUCAGGACUCGGAGCAGGCUGAAGUCUGCUCCGGGGCCGUGGCCGAGGUGCUGCAGUCGGUGGUCAGCGGGGCCGACGGCUGCAUCUUCUCCUUCGGCCACAUGAGCCUGGGCAAGUCGUACACCAUGAUCGGGAAAGACAGCUCGCCCCAGAGCCUGGGCGUCGUGCCCUGCGCCAUCUCCUGGCUCUUCCGGCUCCUUGGUGAGCGCAAGGACAGGACGGGCACCCGCUUCUCCGUGCGCGUCUCGGCCGUGGAGCUGUGCGGCCGGGACCAGAGCCUGCGGGACCUGCUGGCCGAGGUGGCCCCCGGCAGCCUCCAGGACGCACCGGCUCCGGGCGUGCACCUGUGGGAGGAUCCUGUAUGCGGGGCACAGCUCCAGAACCAGAGUGAGCUCCGGGCGCCCACGGCCGAGCGGGCGGCGUUCUACCUGGAUGCGGCGCUGGCGGCCCGCAGCACAAGCCGGGCGGGCUGUGGCGAGGAGGCCCGGCGCAGCUCCCACAUGCUCUUCACGCUGCACGUGUAUCAGUACCGAGUGGACAAAGGUGGCAAGGGAGCAAUGUCCGGAGGCCGAAGCCGCCUGCAUCUCAUGGACCUGGGCAGCUGUGAGGCUGGGCCUGGCAGGGGCGGGGAGGCCGCCGGGGGUCCCCUGUGUCUGUCGCUGUCGGCCCUUGGCAGCGUCAUCUUGGCGCUGGUGAACGGAGCCAAGCAGGUGCCCUACAGGGACCACCGGCUCACCAUGCUGCUCCGGGAGUCCCUGGCUGCUGCCGGCUGCCGCACCACCAUGAUCGCCCACGUCUCGGACGCGCCGGCCCAGCACGCCGAGACCCUCAGCACCGUGCAGCUCGCUGCCCGAGUCCACCGCCUGCGCAGGAAGAAAGCCAAGUACGCGUCCAGCUCCUCUGGAGGGGAGAGUUCCUGUGAGGAGGGCCGGGCGCGCCGCCCACCACACCUGCGGCCCUUCCAGCCGCGUACAGCGGCCCCAGUGCCCGACCACCCCGGCCCCAGCCAGCCCGGCGACCCCGACUACUCAUCCAGCAGCGAGCAGUCCUGUGACACUGUCAUCUACGUGGGGCCCGGCGGCACCGCACUGUCAGACCAGGAGCUCACCGACCAUGAGGGGCCCCCGGACUUCGUGCCCAUCGUCCCCGCCCUGAGCCGCCGCCGGCCGUUCGAGGGCCCCCGGGACGCCGACCACUUCCGCUGCAGCACCUUCGCCGAGCUGCAGGAGCGCCUGGACUGCAUUGACGGCGCCGAUGCCCCGGCCGGCCCUGCCCGAGGCGGCAGGAGGCCCUCACCCCCCGAGGCCGCGUCCCCCAGGAAGGCGCUGGGCUCCCCUGUGGCCAUCAGCACCCCUCGAGGCAGCCCUGGCUCCAACGGCCACCGGGGUGCUCCCGAGUGCCCCGGAGCCAGCCCCUGGGACGACCAGAAGGAGCUGGGCAGCGCCUGCCCUGAACUGUUCACCCCGGACAGGGCUCUGGCGGGUGGGGGCAGGAGGCCGCCACCCGAGGCCCCCAGAGCUCCCGAGGAGCCCCAGGGAGGGGGCACCGACGGUGGGGCCCGGACGCCUCCCGCGGGCCGGGGUGGGCAGGCAGGCUGGCCCCCAUGUGCCCGCGGCCGCCGUGCGGAGCGGGGCCUGCUCACCACCACGGUGACCCUGCAGCAGCCCGUGCGGCUGAACGGCGAGGACGAGCUGGUGUUCACGCUGGUGGAGGAGCUGUCGCUGGGGGCGGCGCCUGGGCCCGGGCGGCCCCCCAGCCUGGCCAGCUUCGGCAGCGACUGCUCCCUGCAGGCCCUGGCCUCGGGGUCGCGGCCCGUCAGCAUCGUCAGCAGCAUCAACGACGCGUUCGAUGCUCUCACCUCACAGCCCCCCGCGGAGGGCAGGCAGGGCCCCCCGGCCGGCUCCUGGCCUGGCGACACCAGCGGCCACUCGCCCCAGCCCCCUCUCAGCCCUGACUUGCCGGCAGUGCCCACGUGUCCGGGCCCCCCCACCCUGGACGGCACCCUGGAGAACAGCCGUGUGGGGCUCCCGCCGCAUGGCAGGCCUGGCCCAGCGUCCCCUGCCCACCGCAGCCCACGGGCGGCCGUGGCGGCACAGACCAUCCACUCCAGCCUGCCCCGCAAGUCCAGGGUGGCAUCCGAGGCCAGCCGCGCCGCCUGUGCGCGCCUAGGCCAGAGCCCACCGGACCCCGGAGGCCUCUUGGAGGACCCGUGGCUGCUCCGGGCAGGUGACUGGGACUCUGUCCAGGUGCGGCCAGAGCGGCCGCCUGAGGCCCAGGUGCCAGCAGUGUGGGCUCGGAGGGUAGUGGACGGCUGUGAGGGGACAGCCGGGGCCCGGAUCCCACCCCUGCGCCGGGGCGCCACCACUCUGGGGGUGAGCUCGCCUGCGGCAGCCUGUCCCAGCAGCAAGAAGAGCCCGGCUCCCAAGGGGGGCUGCUCCCCAAGACCAGGAGGUGCGGCCCCCCCGGCCCCGCCUGUGCGCAAGUCCAGCCUAGGGCACAGGACUGGCACCGCCCUGGCCCCGGUGCAGGCUGGGGCCCUGACUCGGGCUGGGGGGGCCGCCGCCCUCCUCGCUUCCGAGGAGGCCAGGCCGAGCGGGCGGGCAGAGCACGCGGUGCCCAGGGCCGCCCCCAGCCCGAAGGCCCGGGCCGCUGGCCGGGGGGAGGCGCCGCAGCGUCCGGCAGGGCAGGUGUCUCCGGAGCGGGCCGAGGGCCUGGUGCACGGCGGUGGCAAGGUCAGGGAAGCCCCUGGGCGGCAGCCCCGGGCCGUGCCCAGGCUGGGUGUGCCGCCCACCAGCCCCACGCCCGGGCCAGCUCCCUGUAGGGGCAGCCCACCCAAGGGUGUGGGAGCCCCCAGACCCCCGGCUGGCGGCAGCAAGGGCCGGAGCCUUGCCACCACUGGGCCUCGGGCUCUUGGUGCCUCCAUGAAGUCUCCGGCCCCCGUGGCAGGCAGGGCCCCUGGCAGCCCCGGCCCCAGGGCGGCCCCGCGGGCUGUGCCUGGCGUCGUGGCCAAGGCCAGCCGGGGCACGGUCAUGGGCACCAAGCAGGCGCUGCGGGCCGCCCACAGCCGCGUGCACGAGCUGGCGGGCAGUGCGGCGCCGGGCAGGGGCGGCCCCUGGUGGGGCUCCACCGACUCAGACAGCGGCAACGACAGCGGCGUGAACGUGGCGGAGGAGCGGCCGGCCCUGCCCUCGCCCUACAGCACGGUGACGGCCCCGCGGCGGCCCCAGCGCCACAGCAGUGGCCACGGCAGCGACAACAGCAGCGUGCUGAGCGGGGAGCUGCCGCCCGCCAUGGGCCGCACGGCGCUCUUCUACCACAGCGGCGGCAGCAGCGGCUACGAGAGCAUGCUCCGGGACAGCGAGGCCACCGGCAGCGCCUCCUCCGCCCCCGACUCCACGAGCGAGAGCGGGGCCGUGGCCCCGGGCGCCCGCGCCCGCAGCCUCAGGUCGCCCAAGAGGAGGGCUGCAGGCCUGCAGCGGCGGCGGCUGAUCCCAGCCCCUCUGCCAGACACCGCGGCCCUGGGCCGCAAGCCCGGCCUCCCUGGGCAGUGGGUGGACCUGCCCCCGCCCCUGGCCGGCCCCCUUAGGGAGCCCUUUGAGAUCAAGGUGUACGAGAUCGACGAUGUGGAGCGCCUGCAGCGCCACCGGCUGCCCCCGCGCGAUGACAGCGACCAGCUCUCCCAGGAUGAGGAGAAGGGCCCCGUGUGCGUCAGCGCAAGACUGCGGCUGGCCGAGCGCAGGCAGCAGCGGCUGCGGGAGGCGCGGGCCAGGCACUGCCGCCUGUGCGAGGAGCUGGCCGAGACGCAGGGCCGGCUGAUGGUGCAGCCCGGGCGCUGGCUGGAGCGCUUCGAGGUGGACCCGGAGCUGGAGCCCGAGUCUGCUGAGUACCUGGAGGCGCUGGAGCGAGCCACGGCCGCGCUGGAGCAGUGUGUGAACCUGUGCAAGGCCCACGUCAUGAUGGUGACCUGCUUCGACAUCAGCGUGGCCGCCGCAGGGCCAGGCCCGCAGGAGGUGGACGUCUGAGCAGGGGCGAGUGAUGGAGAGGAUGUGGUGGGCAUGGAGGAGGGGCGUGCGGACAGAGACUGGCGCCACCCAAAGCCACGAAGUGCCUUUAACCUUGAGUCGGAUUUGUCCUUUCUGCAUUUGGUGCUGUGGACGGCGAGCACAGGGCCCGUGGUUCCCGCCCCGCAGGGUCCUCCCUCCCUGUGGGCGCUGAGGGCCAUGCGGCCUUCUUCCAUGGCAGGAGUUGCUACCAAACCACACGCAAAAAAGCAGCCACGCCGGCCGGGGUGGGGUGGGCGCCGUGAGGGUCUGUUAGGUCUGUAUUUUUAUACCUUUUCCUAGAGCGUGGGGUUUGCAGGGGGCGUCGGGAGACGAAUGAUCUAUGUUUCUAGGGUUUUCUACAGAGGCGGUGAGGGAGGGCUGCCCUCCCACAGGGCGUGGCCGUGUCCUCUGACCCCCGCGUGUUGUGGGCUGUGCUGCCGUGUGCAGGCGUGUAGAUGGCACCUUG